AUGUUUAUGAUAUCGACGUUUCUGCAGUUAUCCAUAAUUCUUCUUCUCGCUUUAACACUAACUGAGGCGAACUUAGUAGCGAAAGUUCAGUCGUUGCGAUCCAUGAUAUGUAUACCAGGUGGAGUACGGCUCACAUCUGAGUACAGAAAUGCGUACGAAAUUUGUGCAGACCAGUACUGUGUUCACGUUGAAGAACCACAAUACAGUGAGAACAUAUCAUUCCCACCGGAAAUCAUACUACAUGAACACUCAGUACAAUGGAAGUUUACGGACAAUGAAACUGUCGGAUGUUACGUCUUCCUGUACGUUCCAAUAGUUCUCGGUCAUCCAGUAAGAUUCGCUGGCCGCAUAGCUUGGGCAAUAAUCAAAUGGGCGAUUCGCGGUUUUCUAUCCGUGAAGGGUAGACCAAGAAACUUCCCUCGACGGCGUUUGGUAGAAAUUAUUGCAAUAUCAACAACAGUCCUCAAUAUAGGAUUGUCCCAUCAAUGCCAGGAAGUUAAUCUCUUCACUCAUCACUCCAUUAUCUGCGCAGGUGGGCCAGACACCGCCAAAGUAGAAUUGACGCACUUCGAUGACGCAAUUGGAGAACCCACAUUGACUACGAAACUACUUUUACCCAAUGUUCCCGUUCAGUGGAAGGCCUUCACCAUUACUCUCACCAAUAUAGGGUCUCCUCCUAUACCUCUGCUUAACACUCAGUUCAUCACCAAUGGUAAAAGCACAGCUCUUUGGAAAAAUAAUAUCAUUCCACCACUGAGAUGUGCAAAUUUUAGUAACGCAGAGAUCCUAGCAUGUGAUGUAUUUGAAGAUUGCACAUGCUGGCCAGCUGAGAUGACGGCUAAUUGUAAAUGCAGAGACCUUCCAAUAACGGCGUGGUUGAGUAAAAUCAACAAUCUACUACCUGCUACAUUCCCAUCAAUAUCGUUGCGAAUGCAUCCACAGUCGAAAGUGCAGGCAGCAGUUACUAGUAUGGUGACUUCAGAAAUCAUACUGUCAUUCCAAGGCACAUUGAGGACUGAGAUACUAGUGGAAGAUGCGAUAUGUACGGUCACUACAGAGGAACUAAAAGGGUGCUAUAGUUGUUCAAAAGGUAGUUCAGCCAAAGUACUAUGCAAAGCAUCUCGAAACAAAGUCCGGGCUGAAGUUGUUUGUGAUUCUGUAGCAUUUUCAAUACCUUGCAAUAUCACUGGGAUCGCCUCAGUUUUGCGCUUCAGCUUUUCACAAGCACGAAACAACCUUCACUGUUCCGUUUCUUGCGGACAAUUAAGCACCUCAUUCGAAAUAAGUGGCGUUCUUAAGUUUACCGCUUCGGCCCAGGGGAUUGUAGAGCAAUGGCUGAGGGGAGAGUCAAUAUCUAACUCAGAAAGCCCCUGGCCUGAUUUACGACACAUUGCGUCAGUAUUUUUGCAGUGGUACAAAACCCUAGCAGCAGCAAUGGCGGGGUUAAUCAUCACCAUUGCGCUUACCUAUCUAUUCUUGCUUACGUGUGGCUCUAAAAUUUUGGGGUGGAUCCUUCGCACUACGGAAUUAAGAAAAUACUGUGCAUUAGGCCCAGAAGGCACAGUAAACAACACUGAUCACAAAAAAUUCCACGUCAUGCCAGAAGAAAGUUUCUACUUCAAAGAUUUUUGCUUUCUUGUUGAUAUUCAACAAAACCCAGUUCCACUAGAUCUGAGAAUCGAUCUGUGCUCGACAUGGCAAGAACUCAAAGAGCAAUAUAAGCAAGCAAAGGAACUGGAUGUAUCCUGGCUUCGACAUCUGAUUACCACCACGUGUUCCGAUGCCCACCCGGGAGAGCUCGUCCUGCUCACCAAUGCCUUUCUCAGGACGGCCAUCACAACAAGAGAUAGCCUUCUACGACUCGCGCAACGCUUCGUGCUUCUUGACGGAAUUUAUCUCACGCUAUGCCAAGUUGGCAAGUUCACGCAACAAGCUCAAGAGAAAUGGGAGAGGGAAAAGGCGGAGAAAAGGAUCGAUACGAGUAGCGUUAUAGUGAAAACCGACAAAACCGUACUAAGAAUCGAGAGCAUUAUCGCUGAAAUCGAGUUCGAGAUAAGCGAAGCGAAGAAGUCUCUUCACGAGGGUAAAUGUCAUCUCCAAAAACCAUCUGCAAGUGACGUGUGUGAAAGAUCCUGUGUGAAACCCGAAGAAGAAGAAGAAGUGAAAGAUUUCGAAAUGGUGGAAUUGGACCAGAUCGCUUCACAGAAGAGCAACCAGAGAAGCGACAAGAAAGCUCAAUCGCUCAAGAACUUUCCGAUGAAGACUACUUUAUUUCAGCUAAUUCGUGAAAACUCUGGAGAAGAAGAAGAGCAGGAGAUCAAUACUCAAAAAUGUGAAAACUCUGGAGAAAACGAAGAGCAGGAGAUCAAUAGUCAAGAAAGCUCACACGACGACUAUCAACAAAAGCGCUCAAUUCAAGAUAUCUGUAAAGACCUCGACGAUUUGGAGCGUGGUCUACGUCUACUCCCCACACGACGAAUCACAAAAAGUUCACCAGGUAUCAAGCCUUGGGUCAGAUGCGCCUUCUGCAGAAGACGAGGUAUACAUUACUCUGAUUCAUGCCCUGACUUUCCCGAUGGCGACCAGCGAUACCGCCUCAUCCUACAAGACGACAGGUGUGUCUACUGUCUAGAAAGGUGCAAUCCAUACGUGGAAUGCCGUGAAAAAGGAAGGGCGUGUUGGUAUUGUGGGAUAGUAAAAAACACAAUACUGAAGUUCCUCAUCCCAAGAGACAAUGGCCACCACCGUUCGUUAUGCACUAUACCAAAUUCGAAGGGAUGGAUAAGAAACGUCAUCGACGACGUCAGACAAGAGCUGCAUGAAGCGUCAAAGUUGGGCAGUACCAUCUCUUCCGCCCCGGGAGUG